AUUUGAGUUUAGUUUUACGAGAUCUGCUGCCGUUAACGGACGUGUGCGUACGGACUAACGAAUAAUUGCCAGAAAUCGUUGUUUUGUGGGCGUAACGCCGAGAACGAAUUGCACUUGAGUGGCGUAUAUGUAGACCGUGUAUAUAUGUAGGUGUGUGUGCGCGCGGAUUAUUUCGUAUACGUUUGUUUUUGACUUUUCACUUCGUCGUCGUUUGAAGUGCAACUUUUCGCUGUAAAUAUUUAGAAUUUGCUUAAAGUAAUUAACAUUUGUUUAUUUGGGCAAGGCAACUUUUGUUUUUGCCUGGAAAGUGCGAAAGCAAAACGAAAUACAGACAAUAAAUACCCAGAGCUAGAGAAUCAAAGCAAGACGAAUGAGUAAAAACGGUGUUAAAAUUGCAACAAUAAAAAGUUUUAAGUAAAAUAAAUAAUAAUCACAUUUGCUUAAAUCUCGAAAACUGAAAUACGUAUAAAGUGUACACACUUAAAUUAUCAAUAUUAAAGAAAUUGCUAAAUGUUGAAAAUACCAAUAGGAAAAUAUUGUAUUACUUAGAAAAUCUAUGAAUAGUGAAGAAAUCAACGUGUAAAGUGUUAGUGUUGAAUUUCCUGUUUGAAAUUCUUUGCUUACCUUUUUCUCCCAACAACAACUCGUUAUACGGUAUUCUUAGUUUGCAUUGCCGCUUACAGUGUGCAACUCGCCUAACCACCAACUCCAGCGUUUUGAGUCAAAUGAGAAAGACGGCGACGCACCGCACCAAAGUUACGGAAGCCCAUUUAACUUGAGCGCUGAAUAAAAGAAACACAGAUAAACGCUGAAAGUCGAACUUGUAGCAUGCACAAGCAAUGCUGAGUUAAUAAAACAACAACAACAACAAGACAAUAACUCCAACUGCAGCUGAGCAAAUAACGAAACGUGCAUAACUCAAAGCGACAACAACAAAAACACCACAAGCGUGGGCAAAUCAGUGGAAAUAAUCGAAAAUCUGACACCUCCGGAAGUGCGGAGAAAAAUAAGCAGAAAUAAAUUAAAAUCAAAACAAAAUUAUUGAUAAGAAACCACGCGCCAAAGAGGAAGGGAAAUUAUAACCAAAACAAAACACUCAACAACAACAAACAAGCGAGUCUUUUAUCAACUUUGCAUGAAUGCGAAGAAGCGAUAAAAAUACGGUUGAUUGAUUCUGAACGAAAAAUAUCCAUAACAAUUUGUGGAAUUCAUGUGAGCUUUGUGGCACGCGCGUGAUGUUUACGAUGUUGCAUCUACUCGCGCUGGAAAACGAAGAACGCAUUUGAAGGCAAAAAUAUAAAAUCAAAAAAGGCGGAAAUCUAGAAAGAAUUUGUUUAGAAAAUCUAUUAACGCCUUGUUUUCCACACACACACACACACACUCGCACAGCGCCGAAAACUAUUUUCAGCUGAACUUGAAAUGCCUACAGAAUGUGAGCGCACGAUCGCCAACACGAGCCAAAACGUGCAACAGACGCAGCCACAGCCACAGCAAGAAGAGCAGCAGCAGCAGCAGCAACAACAAGAGUACGCACAAUUGCAAGGAGAUCACUUGCAAGCAGAAGCAGAGGAAGAAGAAGCGGCAGCACAGCUUGAGUUUUAUGACGACAUGGAGGGCAAAGAGCUAAAUGGCGGCAAGAUGUCCACCUCCCAGACAUCAACGACGUCCGCAGCGAACGGUCACAGCGGCAGCAAUCAGGCGAAUGGUGUUGGCAAGAAAACGUCCAUAAUAUCGCCGGAUCCCACUUCAUAUGUGACCAAAGCGCGCGUCACACGUCCCACACCGCCGCCACCGUCCUACAACCCGAUGCAAUUUGUACAGAUCAAACCAUGCAAUCUCUACCAAACCGCACAGGAGCAGCUCAAGAAGGCUGAAGAAGUGAAAAAGAUCAAGGAAAUUAAAAAAGAAGAGCCCGAGGAUUGGCAGAAUAAUUUGGACAAUUGGAAAUCGUCGCGUAGAAAACGUGUCGAACACAUCAUCGAUCGAGUUGUGGAAGUGAAAAAACUCGAAUUGGAAGAACACGACCGGACGCGAAGAAAAUCGAAGACAUUCUCCGAAAUGAUCGAAGAAAGAGGUGAACGUGGUGGACGCGGUCGCGCAAAAUUGGCCUCGUUAGCCGUUUACAAUGAAGACGAAUCGAACGACCUGAGCGACCUUGGCAUUGGCACCAGCAGUGCCAGCGGCAAGAGCAGCCAAUCGGAGGAUUACGACAACAACAGUGUACUGAGUGACAACGCCGAACUCGACAAAGCCAUAUUUGAGAACAACCAAAAACCUAGUGGCAUCCCCGCGCGUGAAUACAUAUCCUCCCCAGGCUACGAUACUUCUUCCAGCACAGCGCCCGGCAGCUCUCCCGAUCCAUGCGAAUACACUUAUGAGGGCGCCAUUCAAGACUAUAAGCAACGCGUGUCGCGCGCCAGUGGCGGCAGUGCUUUAGCCAAUUUUAAGCUCAAUAAUGCCAACACAAAUCCGGCGUUAAUUUCCAAAAACAACUCCUCGAAAGAAAAUACCCCGGACUGCAGCAAUACAGUACCGAACGAUACUUAUCCCACACGUCGCGGCAGUAAAAUCGAGGAUCGCCUAAUCGGCUUCGAAGUUACUUCGCCCAGUGAUAGUCAAGAGGGUUUGGAGAAGAAAGUUGAUGUACCAAAAAUCGAUAUUUCGAAGCGUAAAGAGAUUUUCGAAAAUCAAAAUGCCAAUUCAGAACCAAAGUUGCUGGUGGGCAAUGGUGGCGCUGGCAACGUAGCUGUGCCACGCGUUACACUGCGCGAUCGCUUCAAGUUGGACGAGAGUGUGUCCAAUAAUAAUGGCGAAGUACAUGACUCCACAUUAAAGCGUGAAGUUAAACGCCUAUCAGGCGACAUCACGAGCAUACGAUCGCGUAUGCAAAGCUUAGAGCAACAACAAAAUUUAGUCAAUUCAACGAAUGGCGGCAGCGCCGGUAAGGUACCCAGCGCAAAAUUAGUCGAUAUACCAGUGCCACCAUUGAAGGAUCGUCUGUCUAGUUUACAGAAUGCCGUAACCAAAGAAGAGGUGAGAAAGGCGCCGGUAGCACUUGUUGACGCCCGCCAGCUAGAGAUAAUGAAGAACGAAGAGGAAGAGCGACGCAUGAAACUUAUUGAGAAUGAGAAGAAAGCCGUGCUGGAGGUAAGCAACAAGGAGGAGGAGGAAGUAGGUGCACCCGUAUCCCAAACUACGAUGCCACAACAAGUAGUGGUUAAAGUCGAUGCGCCCGAGGAGGAUGUCGAUCGUGACGACAGCGGUAUUCACACCGCCGAUGGCGAAAUCGAAGCCACGGAAAUCUCCGAGCAGGAAGAACAACUGAAUGCGGCUAUUGCAGCGCUGGCACUGGAGGAGCAGCAGCUAACCGAAGCAGCUAAUGCAGUGAACCAAAUAGAAGCGGAGUUUGCCGAACUGUCCACCAGCGCAGUGAACGCCAUCGCCAGCAGCCUGAACACAGGGUCCACAACAAAACCAACUAACGAACAGCCAUGCGAAAUGGAAUUUAGUUUAAAUUUGCAUAAUUUAUGCCAGCAAAAGCUUCUGUGCAAUGCCAAAGGUUUAUGUGCAGUAAAGCAAUCUCAAGAAACCGUUAUAUGUCAAAGUUUACAGCGUCUCUCUUCUUUACAUGGGAUGGAUCGCAAACCAAUGAUCAACGAAGCUCUUGAAUUGGCGCUGGAAGCAAUUGACAAAGAGACCACAUUCACCUUAAAUGAUACAGCAACAAUAAAAACGACAACCAAAUCAUCCAACACCAAUGCAAGUAACCGUACAAUAACUACAACAAAACAAGCAACAACAAUAACGGCGGCCACAAUGUCCACAAUGAAGGCAGAAACAACAACAAAAAACAACAACAAUAAUAAUAAUGAUGGAUUACUGUGUGCAAAGGAUACUUCGAACAAAACCGACGAAGAGAAGGAACGCAAAAGUAAGCAGCAGCAACAACAACAACAAUUUGAUGCAAAUACAAAUGCUAUGAACACUGACAAUGACGAUGUUAAUAACGAUAAUAAUGUAAAUGCUGAUGUUGAUGGCAGAACGGAGGAGCUGCGCGAGGCGCUCAUCUCGCAGGAGCCCAUUUACGAGAACAUCUCGGCAGCAUCUACGCGACAAGUAGAUGUUGAAGCGAAGCGAAUCAUUGCCGCGAGCAUGUUAAAUGACAACAACAACAUAAGCAAUAAUAAUAUACACAAACAAAUGAAUCAAAUAAAUAACAACAAUAGUAGUAAUGACGAAUUUCAGAAUUCGUUUGCCAAUAAUUCGCUAAGUAAUGUAUUGACUAACAACAGCAAUAACAAUAGCAGCGGUAGCUUUAGCGCUAGCGAUAACAACAACAAAAGAAAUCUUGACAAUACUUUUAUUGAAAUAACCAACGCUUACGCUAAUACUACACCUAUCACAGCAGCCGCCGGCAUAAAAGCAACAGCAACAACAUCAAGUUUAAUAGAGGCAGCACCAAGCGGUUCGCUUACAGCCAGUGAAAACGCCAGUGCUGCCGCAAUCUCAACACUAAUUGCACCAGCAGACGAUUUAAAAAAUAUCACAACAACAACAGCAAGAACACAACUAACUGAAAUAAACUCACCAACACCAAACUCUGAAAAUUUGUUCACAAUCAGCAAACCCGCAGCAGUUGAUCCGCAAAUCUUGACCAACAACGCAACGACGCUGGCAGAACAUGAACCCUACUAUCAGGUGCCCAAAUCAAGUGAGCCCUACUACGAUGCUCCUAAACAUUUGCGCCCUGUACCGCUUUACGAAAAUAUCGAGGUCUUCUACACCGGCUUGGAGAACUCCACAUUGGCUAGCGGUACUGGCGCCGCACUUACUGGCAGCUUCAAGCUGGAACCGCCGAAAGAGAAGCCACCGCCGCCGCCAGUCGAGAGUCCGCCACCCUUUGAUGAUGUGGACAGCAUCGAUAACAACACAGACACGUGGUCAUCGGACAACACCUACGAAACAAUUUCAUCGCGUUUGCCUCAUGUCAGCGGUCUGGCUACCGACCAUCCUUCGCCGCCCAUCAAACGCAUGAACUCAACGAAACGCAUCAAGAAAGAGUUGCGUAAUAAACGUUCGAGUUUCUUGGGCAUUGACACCACGAAUUUGGAUGAUGAGGAAACUUAUUUGGAAUUGACAGUGGCACCGCCACCAGAUAUGGCGCAGCUGUUGCAGGAGGAGCGACGUUUGGAAAAACAAUUGUACCUGAAGGCAGGUUUGUGCGAUAGUUCAGAUACAGGUGAGAGUCGCGAUUCGGGCGUUUCUGAGAAUCACUCACGUCAGAGCAGUGAACAUUACACGAACUCAUCGGAGGAGAACGAUCGACAAAUUGAUACACCCCCACACAGCCUUAAAACCAACGAGCUAAUUUACCAGAAUGAGUCACUACUGACGGCCGCGCAGACGCCACUGUUACAAACAGUGAAGGGCAACUCAGCUGAAUCAUGGACUGAGUCCGCCACUGUUGCUGCUGCCGCCACAAAGUCACUGACAGAGGCCACCGCCACCGCCAAUGCCAAAAUGCUCUCCAUUGAGGAGAAAAUACGGGAACAAGAAGAGGUCCUGCGUGUAGAGCGGGAGCUACUACAGCUGGAGCAGGAGGAGUUGAAGCGCCAGCGAGAGAACUUAAUGCUGCGUGAAAAUAUGGCACGUCGUGAGUUGCAACAUGGCGCCAAAAUGCUUAUGUCCGCCAAUCGGCGCUCACUACAAGACCUAAAUGGCGUGAGUAUGUCGCUGGCAGGUGGUCUGCCAAUUCCGAAUGGCGGCCCGACUGUAGCCUACCAAACGGCAGUGCCACAAUAUGCCAUUGGCGCGCAUAAUAUGCAACAACCGACACAGCAACAAUUUGGCGUACCAUUAGUGGCGGCGCAACCAACACAGCAGAUCUAUGCAAAUGUACCAAAUCUAGAACAGCAGUACUAUCAGGUGGACAUUGACUACCGCAAGUCCAUGUCCGACCUGCAAGAGUUCUCCAAACGGCAUAUGCUGCCUCCCAUGCCACCAACAAAACCAAUGCGUGCCAUGCAAGUGGCCACUUCAGCCAAUGCGCUGAUCGUUAACGGCACCGAAGACUUUAUGGCAUCGCGGCAUGCCUUGAAUGCUCAGGCUUUCGGUGGCUCGCUGGUGAAAAUCGCCACACCAACAGCGGCGCCACGUGGUCACUCGGCCUAUCCCAACAAUCAUCAAUACCAACACCAAUCAACACAAAAUCUGAGCAACAGCAGCGGCAGCAACAACAGCAUAAGCGGUGUUAAUACCACGAUGCCAGCCAUACCAAAUGGACAUGCCGCAUUACCGGGCAAUAUGUCGCGAAACACGCUGCAUGCGCUCAGCGCCACACCUAAACCCAAGUACACGGACGGCUGGGUGCAAGUGCAGCAACGCAAAUCAUAUGACACGAAUCUAGCUAAUGAUCCCGCUUGGCUUUCGGCGUACCAGCAAAAACGUAAAUCCAUGCCGGAGCCUUAUCACGCCUACAAUAACCACUGGCUCGUGCAAGAAGCCGAACAAAGACGCAUCGCAGAGCAGCAGCGACGCGGUGGUUCGACGGCCACAACACCGGUACAUCAACAAAAUGGCAGCGCUGUCAGUGGCAUGAAAUCUGCAACGAGCUCCAACAGCAAUGGCAAACCGCUGCCAGAUUCCAUCAUACAAACGCUAACGGAGCGUGUGCAGAGCAAGGGUAUCGGCGAACGAAAGAGAUUCGACAACUACAACAACCAAAGUGCUGCUUUGGAGAAGAGUCCGCUUCAUGCGGCCUCCACGUACUACCAGCACCAGCACCAACAGCAGCAGCAGCUGUCCCAAUCUGCAACGCCCACACAUCAACGACUUCUCAGCAGCUCGACGCUGACCACCGCAAUGCCACCACAAGUCAAUGUGAACGCUGCGCCGGCUCAUCAGCACCCACAGCCGCAGCAGCAGCAGCAACAGGACAAAGUGUUGAGUGUCAGUGGCAAGAAGAAGUGUUCACAUUGUGGUGAUGAAUUAGGACGCGGCGCCGCCAUGAUCAUCGAAUCGCUGCUGCUCUUCUAUCACAUCAAUUGCUUCAAGUGUUGCGUGUGUCACGUGCAGCUCGGCGACGGCCUGAACGGAACGGAUGUGCGCGUGCGCAACCACAAACUACACUGCCAAAAUUGUUACUCCAGCGAUGAUGGCAUAAAAUUCAGCUGCGUCUGAGGGCAUCCAAAGGCACUUAGAGGAGAAUGUGAAAGCUGCUAAGCCGAGUAGUGGAAAUCGUGAAGUUGGUUCAUGCUUAUAAUGAUCAGCUGACAUCUUUGUGCAACCAAAAUCUUAGCGGAGUUGUAGAGAAACACAUACAUACAUACACACACAUAUAAAUAGCUGUUAUUGCAAAAACCAUAGAGAAUUGGAGCAAAAACUCCACAACCGGCAUGCAAGUCAAAGAAUACUGUGUUCAAGCUGGAAUUAUAAAAAAUUAUUGAAUGCGGAAUAAUUUUCAUGCUUAUAUAUACAAAUUUUACUGUUAAAAUUUACACUUUUUAAAAGUAACGAUAUUUUCAAAUUUUACAUUAAAUGAAUUUUACAAUAUAUUUAGUAUCAUAAAUGUAUGAAUGUAUUAAAACCUUACGCUAAAUGCUUAUGAAACAAACUGAAAUGAAAACAAAACUGGAAUUCGAAGUAACCAAUUCUACAAUAAUUUGUGUAUAACGCAAUAGAUAUAUACAUAUACAUAUAUACACAAGCAUAUCUAUACAAAUGUGCAGCUAUGAAUUGUUAAGAUUUUUGCUAAUACUUUUAUUUCGACUAUCAAAUGUCCAUCGCGAUCGGUACGCGCUGGCAACUGUCAGUAUACAAUAUCAAAACUAUUAAAUGUUGAAAUCAAAAAAACUUCUAGUUGAAAAAUUUAACCAAAUAAAACACACAAAAUUAAUACACACACACAUAUGCGCGUGUGAAUGCAUACAGCCGUACACACAUACAGCACCGACUGUCAUAGUAAAUAUACACACAGCAUAUUCGUUAAUGUUAAUAAUCGUGCUAAAAGCAACAAAAAAAAUUUACAAAUUUAAGCAGAUAUAUUAUGGCUCUUUAUGGCAACUUUAUGGCAAAUCUUUACGCUCUAAUUGAAUGUUGAAUUUGAAAACUUUGAUUGUUAAUAAAUGUUGAAUAAAAGUAGGAAACUGUUUUAAGGGCUAAACUGAAGUGCUUAAGACGCGAAAAUCCAUAAUAAAGCUGAACAAGUCAAUUGGCAGAAAAUAUCGAAAUGUGAAAACUAUUAUAAAUAAAACAUUGAGCAUCGCUGAAUAUACUAAAAAAAUAAUGAGAAUUAAAAAAAUUGUAUGGCUUGUUUGGUUUUUAUCGAUAUUGUAACAUAUAUUAAUUAAAAACUUAUUUCUUGCAUUAAUUUUACGAUAAAAAGGCGAACAUUAAAUUGUCACUUUGUAUUUAAGCAACUUAUUUAACCUUGUGUAAUACGGAAAAUUACAUGCAUAGAAUUAUACAUACAUACACAUUUUAUUUACUCUGCUAUACAUAUGUACAUUAGGUUUAAUGACUUUUGUGUAAAUAUUUUUUUCGCUGAAUAUAUUUAUUUAUAGUUUUUAUGUGCAACCAAUAAAAAUAAUAAAAACACUAAAAUCAAAAAAA